AAUAUACACCUGAACAUUAGCAGAACAGGGCCCCUUUAAGCUUAAAUCUGAAGUAAACAUCUUUGUUGGGGGUGUGUCAACUUUGAGUGCCCCCGUCUUCUGAAUGAUGGGUCUCGUAUGGGGCAACAGAUGCGGAGAGACCCCCCUUUCCUCGUCGCCAGGCAGCAACCGGGUCUCGUCGGACACCUGUAUCUUUUUAUCCAGCCUCCACGGUACCCGAUGGUUUAGUAUAUCCCCGGCCGCCCGGUCCUUCUUUCCUGUCCCCUGCCUGACACACGGCGGUACGGUGCGAGAAACCCAGCUGGAUGCAGGAGCGUCUCAUCCAGAGACACGUACACACACCGGAAACAUGAAGUCCCUGCUGCUCUGCUCUGCUCUGCUGCUCUCCUUCGCUGUCCUGUCCGUGAAGAGUGAGGCGGUGACAGACGGUGAUGGGGCGGUGACAGACGGUGAUGGGGCGGUGACAGACGGUGAUGGGGCGGUGACAGACGGUGAUGGGGCGUUGAUGACUGGAGCUCCAGAAGAAGAAGCUCUCACUGUUACAGCAGAGGCUGGCUGUGAGAAGUUUGAAGACGAAACCUGCACCAGGGAGUAUGAUCCAGUAUGUGGCAGCGAUGGAAAGGUCUACAGCACCGAAUGUGUCCUCUGCCAGGAAAACAGGAGAGAGAAUACGAAUGUGAAAGUGGCAAAGAAAGGGACAUGUUCUCUUUAACCGUACAGUAUAUGGAGCCCAGUCUCACACACACUGUGUAAUGGGCAUAUUCUGUAACUGGCUUUCUCAAUAAAGUUGUACGCUGCAACCUA